UAAAAUCAAUUUAAUUGAAAAAGCGACUGAAAACACCCCCUCCAUUCUUUCUGAUGGAGAAAUACCAAGGAAAUGGUGGGGAGCAUGUUAACCCAGCCUUCGACAGGACUGGCGAGGGGCCCCCCAACUACGAGGACAGCUCCUUUUCUGAGCAUGGCUACACCAACGGGGACCGCCGUGACAUCCGACCCUCAGUGGUCAGCGCCUUUGGUCACGACACACUGGACCGUGUGCCCAACAUUGACUUCUACCGUAACGCAGGGAGCAUGAGUGGUCACCGUGCUGUUCGACCAUCCCUGCAAGAGCUCCAUGAAGUGUUUCAGAAGAAUGGAGCAAUCUCAGUGCCAGACACAGUGGAGGACACGGAGGGGAGCGAUGGGACCCCUUCAGAGGACCUGGAGGCCGACAUCCCCAUGGAGGGCAAUGGAGGGUCGGGAAAGUUUGGCUGGAUCAUAGGGGUCCUGGUGAGAUGCAUGCUGAACAUCUGGGGAGUGAUGCUCUUCAUUCGGCUGUCCUGGGUGUUUGGACAGGCUGGCUGGGGUCUGGGCAUUGUGGUGAUUUUGCUGAGCUGUGUGGUGACUUCCGUCACCUGCCUUUCCAUGUCGGCCAUCUGCACCAACGGAGUGGUCAGAGGAGGAGGGGCGUACUACCUGAUAUCUCGCAGUCUGGGUCCAGAGUUUGGCGGCUCCAUCGGCCUAAUAUUUGCCUUUGCUAAUGCGGUGGCUGUGGCCAUGUAUGUGGUGGGCUUUGCUGAGACUGUGGUGGACCUCCUCAAGGACAAUGCAGCCAUCAUGGUGGAUGAAGUGAAUGAUAUCAGGAUUAUUGGCUGCAUCACAGUGCUGUUGCUGUUGGGGAUCUCGUUAGCUGGGAUGGAGUGGGAGGCCAAGGCCCAAAUAUUUCUGCUCAUUAUCUUGCUGGUGGCCAUCGUGAAUGUGUUCGUGGGAACAGGCAUCCCAGCAACUGUGGAUAAGAAAUCCAAAGGUUUCUUCAACUAUCACGCCAACAUAUUCCUGGAAAACUUUCCACCGAAAUUCCAAGACGGGGAGUCGUUCUUCUCGGUGUUUUCUAUUUUCUUCCCUGCUGCUACGGGUAUUCUGGCUGGAGCCAACAUCUCCGGAGAUCUGAGGGACCCCCAAGCUGCCAUUCCCAAAGGCACCCUGUUGGCCAUCAUCAUCACUGGGGUCACCUACCUAGGGGUGGCCCUCUGUGUCGUUGGAACCACUGUGCGUGAAGCCACAGGGAACAUAAACGACACUGUUGCCUUGGGGACGUUUUGUAAAGGCUCAGUGUCAGUAUCAGCCUGUGAACUGGGAUUCAACUUCUCCUCCUGCUUGGAAGACGACUGUAAAUUUGGCCUGAUGAACAACUUCCAGGUUAUGACCAUGGUCUCAGGGUUCGGCCCCCUCAUCAUCGCUGGGACCUUCUCCGCCACCCUCUCCUCCGCCCUGGCCUCGCUCGUCAGCGCUCCCAAAGUCUUCCAGGCUUUGUGCAAAGACAACAUCUACACGGCCCUGCACUUCUUCGCCAAAGGUCACGGCAAGAACAACGAGCCGCUGAGAGGCUACGUCCUCACCUUCAUCCUCGCCGUGGCCUUCAUCCUGAUUGCCGAUCUGAACGUCAUCGCCCCGAUCAUCUCCAACUUCUUCCUGGCGUCCUACGCUCUCAUCAACUUCUCCUGCUUUCACGCGUCCUACGCCAAGUCUCCAGGAUGGAGACCUGCUUACCGGUUCUACAACAUGUGGCUGUCUCUGUUUGGAGCUCUGCUCUGCUGCGCUGUCAUGUUUGUCAUUAACUGGUGGGCUGCCCUACUCACGUAUGCCAUCGAGAUCCUUCUCUACGUCUACGUCACUGUCAAGAAACCAAAGGUAAACUGGGGUUCGUCCACCCAGGCGGUGACGUUCGUCAGUGCGGUGAGCAACACUCUAUCUCUCAGUGGAAUCGAGGACCACGUCAAAAACUUCAGGCCUCAGUUCCUUGUGUUGACUGGAUCACCAAAGACUAGACCUGCUCUGCUGGACCUGGCUCACAGCUUAACCAAGAACUAUGGCCUCUGUAUCACGUGCGAAGUACUCACGGGUCCCAGAUCAGACGUCCUCCUCGAUAUGAACUCUAAGAUGGAGACAAACCAGCAGUGGCUCAACAAGAAGAAACGGAAAGCUUUCUACGCUGCUGUGGCCUGUGACACUUUCAGGGAGGGAACAGAGAUUCUGCUGCAGGGAGCUGGUCUUGGACGCUUGAAGCCAAACACCUUGAUGAUCGGCUUUAAGAAAGACUGGAGAACGAUCGACUCCAGCGCCGUCAAAAGCUAUGUGGGAGUGCUGCACGAUGCCUUUGACUUUGAGUACGGAACGGUGGUGCUUCGAAUGGGCCAGGGUCUGGACAUCGCCCACAUCAUUGAGGCUCGAGAGGAGAUGGAGAGAGCUGUUGAGGAGCAGCAAGCCCUGGAGAAUGAGAACAUGGACGGGGGGAAGAGCAAGGGACUCUUCAGGAAGUCCAGGAAGUCUUCUAAACAAGUUCUCACCACCAGAGUGUCUGUGACCAGCCCCCCAUGCCCCCAGGCGGUCAAGGUGAAUGAUAGGCUGGUGGAGGCCAGUACUCAGUUCCAGAAGAAACAGACCAAAGGCACCAUUGACGUGUGGUGGAUGUUUGAUGAUGGAGGUCUGACCCUGUUACUGCCCUACAUCCUGACCACCAGGAAGAAGUGGAAGGACUGUAAGAUGAGGAUCUUCAUCGCAGGACAACCUGGACGCUCUGAGCUGGACAAAGAGGAGAUGAAGUCUUUGUUGCAGAAGUUCAGGAUCAAGUGUACUGACAUUAAUGUUAUUUCUGACAUUAACAUCAAACCCAGCGCUGAAAGCUUGAAGGCAUUUGAGGACAUGAUUGAACCUUUCCGUCUGCAUGAAAGCUCCAAGGACAGGGCUCAGGCAGAAGCUCUGAUGAAAGACAACCCCUGGAAGAUCACUGACGCAGAGCUUGACAGCUUCGAAGAGAAGACUAACCUCCAGGUGCGACUGAAUGAGCUACUGCAGGAGAACUCAAGAGCAGCCAACCUCAUCAUUGUGAGUAUGCCCAUCGCUCGUAAAGAGUCGGUCUCUGAUCACCUCUACAUGGCUUGGCUGGACAUACUGAGCAAGAACCUUCCUCCCACCCUGCUCAUGAGAGGAAAUCACAAGAGUGUGCUCACCUUCUACUCCUGAGCACCCCAACAAUUGAACAACAAGGCAGUCACUACGUGACCAUCCAAGAACGUUUUCUUUUGAGUCAGAUCUGUCUUUUAUGUAUAGCCAAAUUACAGGAAUUGUGAUGAAUACAGUCAUACGGACAUGGGACUGUGUAGUAGAAUGGGUCACAGUUACUUUGACAGUGACUACACUGCCCUCUGUUGGAAUUGUACAUUUGAAUGUGUUAAUAGUCUUAAUUUAGAGGAUGAAAUUAUUUUGUAUGCGCUAUAUAUUAUGAUGUACUAUGAACCUGUAUGAAAAUUGACAGGAUGUGACCAUGUUCAGAUCUACAUGCUGCACAUGCAACCAGUGGUAGGCCUAUAGGUGACUUAAAAUGUAUAUUUGAUAUAUUCUCAAAAAUAAUUUCAUAGCACUUCGGUUUGGGAUAAUAAGACAACUUAAGAUACCCAUGUGAGUGGCUUAUGUUAAAUAAAGAAAUGCUGAUUUAUUCCGACCUG